AUGAAUGAUACGGAACUUUUGAUGAAAAUUUAAAAACUAUAAAUCAUUCUCAUUACCAUCAUUUAAUACUACUGACCAAACGGGCCAUUAGCCCUAUAUAAAUAUCAACAUAAAGCACAUAACACGAAAAUUGGAGAAGGCUAGAACUUACUUUACAAAAUCAAAAAGCUUGCACAAAUUACAAAUCCUUCAAGUCUUCAACACGAAACUCCGACUAAUAACAAUGGCAGAAGGACAACCCAACAAUCCCUUUGCUUUUCUAUCUCUUAUUCACAAGAUUUUCGCUAAUAUCUUUGGUAACAAUAACAAUACAAAUAGUAGUGAUUAUAAUGAGAAAUCUGUGAUAAGUGUUGACGGAGAAGAAGCUUCUAGAACCAAAACUAAGACUCCAGCUGUUGUAAGGUUUCCCAAGACUCAACCUGAAGUUCCUCCAUUAAAGCUUGAGAAUGAAGAUGCUGAUAAUGAUACUAAUCCUAUCAUUCUUUGGCAGAUAUAUGCACUUGGUGGGUUCAUUGUCUUGAAAUGGGCAUGGGAAAAGUGGCAGGCAAGGAAGGCAAACACGAAAAAGGAUUCAUCUGGUACAGAACAACAUACUGCGUCAGACUCAGAUCCAUCUCGAGGACCAACUCCAACUCCAGCAGAGGACUAGUUAUCUUUUUGUGAAGUAUAAUUUUGUGUUGGAUCACUAAUAAUCAAAACUUUUCAUAGUCUUUUCAAUUUAGUAGUGGUGUGAAUUGUGAAAGGCGACUUGGUUAGAUAAUUUGUAUGAUGAAAAUGUACGGGGGUUGGCUUGUGUAAGUGGGAAAGAUGAAUCUCCAAGGCCAGUCUAGAUGCCUUAUGGAAUUGUUUUUAUGAAUUUGCUAUAAACAUUGCUUUUGUUUAUCUCAAUGUUUUUACUUAUUGCA